CUUCUCCAUCCCUUCCCCACCGGGCCACUAUUAUAUAGCCAUGGGUGGCGCACUCGCAAGAGUACACAGCUCCAUUGCAUCGACCGGCCGGCAAGAAGAACCAACAAGGCCUUGCGUUCUGCUAGUAUAGCUAGUGUGCGGCGUUGCUUGCUUAGCAGUGCACAAAAAUCGCCGGCCACCACGAGAAUCACAAGCGCCGAUCGAGCUUAAUUACUCCUGCAGUCCUGCUUUGCUAGCUUCCAUAUCUGUGUAGACUGAAGGGAUAAUUAAGGUUUAGAGGAGAGAGAUGAGGCAGUCCCGGUUCAAGAGGAUCUGCGUCUUCUGCGGCAGCAGCCAGGGCAAGAAGAGGAGCUACCAUGACGCCGCCAUUGAGCUCGGCAACGAGCUGGUGGCGAGGGGCGUGGACCUGGUGUACGGCGGGGGAAGCAUCGGGCUCAUGGGAAUGGUCUCCCAGGCGGUGUAUGACGGCGGCAGGCACGUCAUCGGUGUCAUUCCCAAGACCCUCAUGACACCAGAGAUAAGUGGCCAGACAGUGGGCGAGGUGAGGGCAGUGGCAGACAUGCACCAAAGGAAGGCAGAGAUGGCAAGGCAGUCUGAUGCCUUCAUAGCCCUACCCGGAGGGUAUGGGACACUGGAAGAGCUGCUCGAAGUGAUUACAUGGGCGCAGCUGGGCAUCCAUCACAAGCCGGUUGGGCUGCUGAACGUGGACGGCUACUACAACUCGCUCCUGACAUUCAUCGACAAGGCGGUGGAGGAGGGUUUCAUCAACACGAGCGCACGCCGCAUUAUCGUGCUCGCCCCGACGGCAGAGGAGCUCAUGGAGAAGCUCGAGGAGUACGUGCCUUACCACGACAGGGUCGCGUCCAAGCUGAACUGGGAGAUCGCGGAGAUAGGGCACCUUGGGACGUACUGACGGACACUAGCUGCAGCUAGCAAUUAAAAGGCCGGGCCGGUGCGCAGCGCGUGGUAUGCAUGGCGCGAUCGCCAUUCGACGACGGAAGAAAAGGAGUCGUCCAGCCGUCGGGUAACUUUGAUGUGCGGAUUUGGUUGAUGAAGGGUUUGAUUGAUGUGGUUAGCGAAAUUAAGCUGCGCGCGUGCGUGGGUCCGUUUUGUAUAUGUUUGCUUCGAUCAGGGGGCCGGACGGUUUAGCUUAAGGAUACUGCAAAACCUGACGCAGGGUUUCAGUUCCCCGGCAUCUUCUUGCCGUUGUUAAAUUCUCCUGCUCCAUCUGUACCUGCUUACUACUAGUAGUGUCUACUGUCUAGUCAAUCUAUCAAUCAAUAUAUUGUUACUAGUUUCAAGCUCCUGAA